AUGAAUCAUCAUCAUCUUCUACUACCACGACUACCACAACCACCACAUCCACCACAUCCACUACAACCACUACCACCACUACCACGACAACCACUACAACCACUACCACUACCUCUGACACGACGACCACCACUAGGACAAGGUCUAGGUCUAGCGACAUCAAUAACAUAUGCUAUUAAUACUACUAGUAGUAGCGCAUUACCUCCUACAAGCCAGCAAUCUAUUCAACCUACUUCAUCUUACGAACCAUUCUUACCUUUAAAUGAAGGCAAUGUUAAGUUCAAUCGGUUUAGAAAUAUUGAAUUGUGGGCUAAUUAUUCAACAGUUCAACAAAUUUCAUCCGUCUGUGGUCACAAUGACCUUUGUCCCACUUGUAUCAAGCGACAUAUUGAAGCGGAAUUAAAUACUAAAGGAAGUGAAGUUCAAGUACGUUGCCCUAAAUCUCGCUGUACAAUAGAAUUAGCUUAUGAUGAUGUGAGAAGAUUGGCUCCAAAAGAGUUAUUCGACAGGUACGAUAAUCUUCUUUUGCGAGCUGCAAUCCGUAAACUUCCGGAUUUUCGUUGGUGUAAGGCUCCGAAGUGCGGUUCCGGUCAAGAGCAUACAACUGGAGCCUGUAGCGAAAAAUCUUGUUUCACUCAUGAUGUUCCUUGGCACAAAGGACUGACCUGUGAUGAAUUUUCUGAGCAAUUGCAGACCAAGGAUUAUGCUGCUAAUCGUGCUUAUUAUGAACGUCAUACUAAACCAUGCCCAAGGUGUAAAAUGUCAAUUGAAAAGAAUAAUGGAUGCGACCAUAUGAGUUGUCGUUGUGGUUAUGAAUUUUGUUGGCUAUGCCUUGGAGAUUAUGAAAAUAUUCGUGAAAAAGACCAUAUUUCUCGACCAACAGGCUCAAUAGACUUAGAAAAAGAAAGGUCAAAUGCGAGUUUUAACGUUGAACAUAUGAAUUGGUUAUUUUGUGGUUCGAAAGAAUCCGCAAAAGCUUUAUCUGAUGCCUACCAAAUGAUACAACGCGACCCAGAUCUUUAUAUCCCCGGUGGGCAUAGUUUUGAUAUGACUCAACCUCAGCAACGUGAACUUGUCCAACGACAAGCCUUGAGAUUUCAGAGAGUUCGCAAAACCUUAAAAGAUCCAUUAUUGUAUAAAGCUUUAGAACUCGCAAUGUGCAUUUAUUCUGAAACGUUUUCGAUGAAAACAUAUGUUCACAACACUUUAUUUCGUCAAUCGAUUGAAUUUUUUGGGACAAAAGAACAGCAAGACGAAUGGAUGGAUGAUGUUCUAAAUUGGAGAAUUAUUGGAAGCUAUGCUAUGACUGAAUUGGGUCACAGUUCUUUUAUACGUGGCUUAGAAACUACUGCAACUUAUGACAGAGUUCGUGAUGAAUUUAUUAUCAAUACUCCAACUUUAACGGCUACAAAAUGGUGGAUAGGAAUGGCAGGCCAGACAGCUACACACACUGUUGCAAUAUGUCAAACUAUAAUUGAUUCAAAAAGUUACGGCAUUGAUUGGUUUAUAGUUCCAUUGCGAGACCGCAAAACUGGCCAAUUGCUCCCUGGAGUUACGGCUGGAGACAUUGGUGCGAAAUAUGGUCGAAACGGCCUAGAUAGUGGAUGGAUACAAUUUUCAAAUGUUCGUAUCCCAAGGAAGAACAUGUUAAUGAAAUGGUCGAAAGUAACUGAAGAUGGAAACUAUAUAUCACCACAAAAUCCUGCGAUUGCUUAUACGACUUUAAUUGGUGAACGAUUAACAGUUCUCGCUGGCACACAAAAUGCUUUGGGAAGAGCGUUGACUAUUGCUUGUAGAUAUGGAUGUGUUAGACGUCAGGGUGUUAAUAAUGUACAAAUUAUGGACUAUCAAACUCAUUAUGUUAAACUUGUUCCCUGUGUUGCUUCCAUUUAUGUUAUUAAUAUUGUAGAUAGAAAUAUCAAAUCUCGAUGGGAAGAAUCAACAAAACUAAUACAAACAAAUCAAUCUGAAUUUUUAAAAGUUGUUACUGACAUACAUGCACUAUCUUCGGGUCUAAAAGGAACUAUAACAUGGUGGGGUAGCGAAAUGUUUGAAAGAUGUAGAAGAUCUCUAGGCGGUCAUGCUUAUUCAUCUUAUAAUGCUAUUGGACCUGCUAUUGGAGAUUGGGGUGUUAAUACUACCGGCGGUGGUGACAAUUCCGUACUUUUACAACAAACAGCCAGAUACCUGAUGAGUUCAUACAAAGAAAUGAUCCAAGGAAAACAACUUUCUGGAUCAGUUGAUUAUUUUAACAACAUUCAACAAUUUUCAAAAAUUAAUAAGAGCGAUUUAUUGAAUGAAAAGCAAUUAUAUGAUAUGAAAUACAAUUUAGAUAUGUAUACUUGGCUAGUUAAACAAAAGGAGGACUCAUCUAUAACGUGGAACAAUAAUCAAAUCUCUCUGAUACGUCUUUCAGAACUUCAUAUAUUUAGAUAUUGUCUUUCAGAAUAUAUUCAAGGCAUUUAUAAAUACCGAAAUUCAAUUCCAGAAUUUCAAAAUUUAUGUCCAAUUCUUACAAAAUUAGGACAAUUAUGGUCAAUUCAUUUAAUAUAUGAGUCAUUAAAUGAAUUUUUAGAAGAGGGUUACUUUGGAAAAGAACAAGCUAUUAUUGUAAGAAAUGCUUACUUUGUAAUGUGUAAAGAGUUAAGAAAAGAAAUUAUACCUCUGGUCGAUGCAUGGGGAUAUCCAGAUUUUAUUUUGCAAGCACCUUUGGGAAAAUUUGAUGGCGAUGUUUAUAAAGGUAUAUCUUUAGAUUUGUCACCGGUGGUGACAGUCACCAGAGUGCUAUCAAACAGUUAUAUCUAA